GUGGGACAGAAAACGCACCCGCGUGGACUACGCCUAGGCAUCAUUGAAACUUGGGACUCGCAAUGGUACAACGAAAAAGAGUAUACCCAAUGGCUUCAUGAGGAUUUGAAAAUCCAAUCCUUUAUUAAGGAAAGACUGUCACGUGCCGGCAUUUCUCGUAUCGAAAUCGAAAGAGUUGGCGAUAGGUGUAAUAUUCAUAUACACACAGCACGUCCUGGUAUCGUCAUUGGGCGGCGUGGUGUUGAAGCAGAAAAGUUACAAGCGGAUUUAGAGCGUUCAAGCGGUGAAAGGACUAUUCGGAUUAAUGUCACUGAAAUCAAGCGUCCUGAAUUAGAUGCCCAGCUUGUUGCUGAAGCGGUUGCACAGCAAAUCCUACGUCGAUCCAAUUUUAGGCAAGCAAUGAAGAAAAGUAUUAUCGCUUCAAUGAAAGCUGGUGCCCAAGGGGUUAAAAUCAGUAUCGGUGGUCGACUGGGGGGUGCCGAAAUGGCACGCUCAGAAUCAAAUAUGGAAGGCAGGGUGCCGUUGCAUACGCUCAGAGCGAAUAUCGAUUAUGGCUUCGCAGAAGCUGAUACAACCUACGGUAAGAUUGGCAUUAAAACGUGGAUUUUUAAGGGAGAGGUUAUUGGCAGACCGGAACUUCCGGGAAUCGGUUCCCCUUCCAGCCGUGCUACGCAGGUGCCGACUGAUUCUUCUCAAAGACGGCCAUCACGCUUUUCAGAGGAAGAAGGUUCAGGAGCGCGAUCCGCGGGUAGACCCAGACGAAGAAGGGAUCAGGAUAGGCGACGGGGACCACGUAGAACCAAUCAUGGGAAUACAGAAUCGUAA